AUGAAACUAGACCUUGUAGUUUCCCGGGCGGCUGGUGGAAAGAUUGCCGAAGUUGGCAAGAAAAUGGAUCGUCAAUCAGUGGCUGAAAACGCCGACGUUCUUGAACCCUUGAUUCAACACUUUGGCACUCGUCCGGGCAUUGGAGUCGUGAUGGAUGUGGUGGCUCGAUUCCUUUAUCUUUCCCGACCCCGGGGGAAGGCUUUGCCCAAAAGUGUGAACAUCAAGACUGAAGCUUGGAUUUUGAGGAGGCUAAUUACCAUCUUUGCACAGGUGGCCAGGCGGCCGCACAUCCCAAGAGACCCCCAGAUGCGAAGACUGUUUGCAGCGAUUGGCAUUAAUGUGGAGCCAGUACCCGAAGGACCCUAA